UGUGGUUCCGGUUUAGCGUACCACGUGGGUAUCCCCAGGUCAUCCGUCCUUGAGUAGCAUUUCUGUGCAUCAAUAAUGUCUUUGACCAAGAAAAUAACGGGGAAAACCAUUGAUAUAGUAAAGAAUCUACCUCGCAUUACACUCGCAAACCUUCGACCAAACCCGGGUGCAAAAAAAGAUGAAAAGCACAGGGGUCGUGGAAUGCAUGGAGGCAAUAAAAGUGGACGGGGGCAUAAGGGUGAACGCCAACGUGGUAAUCGACCCCGACUGGGCUUCGAGGGUGGACAGACUCCAUUCUACCUGAUCAUUCCAAAAUAUGGCUACAAUGCCAAUCACAGUCGUCGGCCGCAGUAUCCCCCGCUAUCCCUACGCAGACUCCAGUAUCUAAUAGAUUUGGGUCGUGUUGACCCCAUGCAACCCAUCGAUCUAACCCAACUUGUCAAUUGCAGAGGGGUUGCAAUCCAGCCUCUUAAACGAGACUAUGGCGUUCAGCUCAUUGAUGAGGGUGCUGAUAUAUUUCGUGCAAAAGUAAACUUGGAGGUCCAGGUUGCCUCAGAGAAAGCCAUUGCUGCAGUUGAGCGAAAUGGGGGUGUGAUCACAACCAGCUACUAUGAUCCUCGUAGUCUCCAAAUCCUCAUCAAACCAGUGCCCUUUCUCAUGUCUGGGGAGGCCAUACCCAAGCGCCUGCUCCCUGGUGAAGAUCUUCUUCCAUAUUACACAGAUGCCAGUAACCGUGGCUACCUUGCAGACCCAGAUAAAGUCCAAGCUGCACGGUUAAGUCUGGCUAAGAAGUAUGGCUACACCAUACCUGACAUCACAAAGGAUACAUUAUUUAAAAUGCUAGUACAAAGAAAGGAUACUCGUCAGAUCUUUUUUGGGUUGUCACCUGGAUGGGUGGUGAAUAUGGCAGACAAGAAGAUCCUCAAACCCACUGAUGAUAAAGUCUUGCAGUAUUAUGGCAAUAUUAAAUCUUUAUAGUUCUUCACAAUGUGAAUGUCUGUGGAAAUAAGUUUGUGUAUAUAUAUAUAUAUAUAUAUAUAUAUAUAGUGAAAGCUGAAUAAUUAAUUAAAUUCAAUGUCUGUAAUAAAAAGUUGACUCCACAAUUAUUCUUUGUUCAUUUAUUAAUUCUAACUUGACUAUAAAAAAUUUAAGUACACAAUCUCAAAGAGGAAGGGUGAAAAACAGCCAUUGAUAGUGGCAAUAAUGCCAUAAACCAUAUUAACAUCAGUAUAGCAUUGCAUAAUACAAAACAUCCCUUUUUGGGAGGAUGCUGUAUUUUAAAGAUAAUUUUGUAAAAUCCAAAGAAGCUUUACAACUCUUUACUGGAAAGGGUUUAAACAGUGUAUUUUCAUUCUUGUUCAGUGAACCAUAAACAAGUACUGCAUAUGUACUUGUGGAGUUUAGUCAGUUGUGCAAAAUAAACAAGGCAACCAAUUCCAUUCAACAAAACAUUUUAUUAUAUAAUAUAUCCAAGGAGCAGGUAUAUAAUUUUUGCCUUGAAUAAAGGCCUUGCUUCAUAGAAACUCAAUUAACCACCCACCUGAAUAUAGAGAAAGAAAGAUGGCAGAAAGCAGAGCAGAUUAAUUAUAAAAAAAAGUUAAUUAAAAUUUAUGUAAUUAAAGGUUAAGACAAACAUAAUUAAUUUAAAAGACCUUUGCCACACUUUUGCAAUUUGAUUUAAACAUUCACAGCUUUUCUCAGCUGGCAACAUGCAAACACAAUUUUUUUUUUAAAUUUUUUUAUGAUGCAUUUCUUUUUAAAGAGAGAAUAAAAAUAUAUCUAUAUAUCAGGAAACACGAUCAUGUAGAGCAGAUGUUCUCAACCUUGCUUGAUUUUAGCUUCAACCUUGAUCAAACUCAACUGCCUGUAACUUUCUAGUGAUUCUAAAGACCUUGAUUAACUUGUUCAGGUUGUUUAAUUAGGAUUGGAGCUGAAAUCUGCAGGAAAAUGGAUCUCGCGGACUAUGCAGAGUUGAGAACUCCUGAUGUAGAGACAAGUGUGACGCUGUUACACAGGACAGAUGUUUUAACCUACUCAAUAUAUUGUAAUGAUUUUAUGUAUAUUUUAGUAUUAAUAGGUUUACAUAUUAUUUUAGCCAUUUUAUUCCUCUUAACCAUAAAUGUGUGUUUGUCUUUAAAUUAGUCGGGGUCUACCUGUCAUGUGACUGAUCACUAGCGUUGGCGAGAUGAAGCCAUUUGCCAUUUCUCAUGACCAUUUGUCGCAGGGGUGGAGAAUGUUGAUCCUCGAGGGCCGGUGUCCCUGCAGAGUUUAGCUCCAACCCUAAUCAAACAUACCUGAACAAGCUAAUCUCAAGGAUACAGGUUGGUAUUUUUUUUUUCGGGGUUGGAGCUAAACUGGGAAAAACUAGAAAAUCAAAUCAAGUCAGUAGGUAUAAGUGGUUUGUCAAUUCAGAAUUUAUGAAGAAAUUAAUCACAAGAUUAUUAGAAUUUGUAAAGGUCACAAAUUCAAUUAAAAGAAUUUAGAUUUUAUUAUUAUUAUUUUCUUAUUUUUUUACCUAUAUUAAACUCCUCCUUGAUGCUCCACACUCCAUUUUUUGUUUUUUUAAUCCCUGGCAUAGAUCUUUUUUUACCCAUACAUGCACUUGUUUUUGUUGUGUUUUGUUUUCCCUCUGUAUAACCUUUUUCAAUUU